CAUGCAUGAAUGUCAUCUUUAAUAUCCAACGGUGUGAGAAAUAUACACAGCGUUCCUCUUACGCGUAUAACUCGUGUGCAUGACCGUGAAGUAUAUAUUCACGGUGGCAUUAUCUUUGUGGUGAUGGGCUUGUGCAAGUGAGAUCAACCAUGGCCACCGCACGAGUGGCUCCACACGAGUCCAUAGGGAUGCAGCCCACAGGGAGCCUGCAGAGCCUCAAAUUCAAUGACCAGGCCACACAUGCCAAUGAAGUGGGUGCAGGGAACAGAUUCCAGGAUAACUUGGAUCCUAAUAUUCGCUGGAUCAUGAAGAACAUCAAACGACGAGAAUGCAGAAGAUAUGUUGGGAAGCCUGUAAAGAAGGAUUCCAACAAAGCGGACCAGUCAGAAAUGAGUUUGCCACCUGUGCACACACCUACCAAGUCUGUACAUAGAGAGUUCAGUGACCCAUUGUGCCUGUGUGGGUAUGUCAAAUCAGGGCAUUCCCAGGACUCACUCUUUGGCCAGGGAGGCAAUAAAUGGGACCCCAAGAACGACACAAAUGCUUAUCCGACAAAUGCUUUCGGAGAAAUGGAAUUCCCAGGAUAUGGUGACCAUGUCAGCAAGUAUGUGCGUGCUGACCAUCAAACCAGUAUGACGACCAUGCUGAAACUGAUGACUGACCGAUGGGGACUGGAGAUGCCCAAUCUUCUCAUCUCGGUAACUGGGGGUGCCAAGAACUUCCACAUGAAGACUCGGCUAAAGGAGGUGUUCAGGAGGGGCCUGAUGAAAGCUGCCCUCAGUACUGAUGCCUGGAUUGACGGGGGAACAAAUGCUGGCGUGAUGAAGCAUGUUGGGGAAGCAGUGCGAGACUUUGGCCUGACCACUGAGGCUCACAAGAAGGUCAUCUGCAUUGGGGUAGCUCCCUGGGGCUGUGUACAGGACAAGGAAGGCCUCAUUGAUGACAUGGGCAAGUGGCCUGCACUACACCGGAUUACAAAUGAUCCAAAACCAAAACAGUCAUUUCUUGACCCCAACCACACACAUUUCAUACUGGUUGACAAUGGGACACAGCAGCAGUUUGCUGUCGAGAUUCCCUUCCGCGGGAAACUUGAGAAUGAAAUUGCCAAACAGAAGACAGCAACUGGCUCAGGUGUUCCAGUAGUCCUGCUGGUGCUGGAGGGGGGACCAGGCACUCUGGAGACUUGUAAAAGUGCCAUUCAGAAUAACACUCCCGCUGUCAUCAUCAAGGGGUCUGGACGAGCAGCAGACAUCUUGGCUUUCGCAUACCAGCAUGCAACAGAACAGGAAGUGGAAGUGAAAGACAGUACUGGCAAGAUAAAAAAAAUAAUGCAGCCAGAGCUGACCUACGCUGUGGAAGCAGACAUUACUGAGAUGAUCAAAAAAGACUUUGGGGAGAAGGAACUAGCCACCAGGGUGGGCUGGGUUCGAACUUGUCUCAAGAAGAAAGACCUGAUCACAAUCUAUGAGCUGGACUCUCGCAUGUCCACCAAGGAUGUAGACAUGGCCAUAUUGAAGGCACUCCUGAAAGCUAAUAGACACGAGGUGAUGGAUCAGUUGAGGCUAGCACUGUCAUGGAACAGGAUAGACGUUGCCAAGAGUGAAAUCUUCACAGACCGUGAAUGGGAGAUGGGUCAGCUUGACCAAGUCAUGUUCACAGCCAUCGAGCUGAACCGUGUGAACUUUGUUGACUUAUUCUUGGACCACGGUGUCAGUCUGAUGGAUUUUCUCACCCCAGCAAGGCUUCUGAGGCUCUACAAUCAGAUUCCCAGGAACUGCCUGCUGUACACACUCCUGACCAAGGUCCAUGGAGCAUCAACAGAGGUACACAAGUUCAGCCUGGGGGAUGUGGGACAUCUGCUGCAGGAUCUGAUCGGGGACUACUACCAACCGUACUACCUGACAGACAGCCGCUACAAGGAACUCAACACGGAGCAGCUGCUCAGUGCACCAGCUCGAGCUGGGUCUGUGCCACAGGGCUGUAGUGAUGUGAUGUUACAUCGUCCUAUCCAAGAGUUGUUCAUCUGGUCUGUCCUCAUGAACAGGCAGGAGAUGGCAAUCCUUUUUUGGAAGGAGGGGAAUGAGCAAACCGCUGCAGCUCUGGUUGCCAACAGCAUUCUCAAGGCUCUGCGUAAGUGUACAGAUGAUGCAGAGCUGAUGAAGACAUUGGAAUCAAAUGCAAAUGAAUUUGAAGACCUGGCAGUGGGAGUCCUCAACAGCUGCUACAACUCUGAUGAGCAGAAGGCUCAGGACCUGCUGAUCAGGGAGCUGGAGAACUGGGGCAGGGCCACUACUGUCCUCAUCGCAGUGGAGGCAGACAACAAGAAGUUUGUGUCUCAGACUGCAUGCCAGUCUCUUCUCAACAGUAUCUGGAUGGGCAAGAUGUCAAUGGACACUGGGAAGAUACUGCUUGUGUCCAGCUUGUUCAUCUUUCCUCUCAUCUGGUUCCUCAUCCGGUUCCGGGAAGAGGAGAAGGCCAAGUUUGAGGCUCUCAUUUCAUCACAGUCAGAUGGAAAGAAGCCAGCAGUAACGGACCAGCCAUCACUGAGCCGUGAGAACACAAUGUUGCAGCGAACUCCUACACGGCUGGACAUGAAGGAGCAGAAUGAAGAACCCAAACACAGGGGAAGAAGGAUCAACCCUUUCAGGAAGCUGUUUCUGUUCUACACAGCACCUGUCAUCAUCUUCAGCCUCAAUGUGGUGUCCUAUCUGGUGUUCCUGGCAAUCUACAGCUACAUCCUACUCAUCAGUUUUAACAAAGCCUUCUCGGUUUUGGAAGGAGUUCUCAUAUUCUGGGUAUUCACCAUCAUGGUGGAAGAGUGCCGGCAGAUUGUUGCCAACAACGCUACGUCCAUCAAGUCCAAGCUGUACAGCUACUUCACCGACUCAUGGAACAUCUUGGACAUCAUCACCAUCGUCCUCUUCACCACCGGCAUGAUCCUGCGCUUCAUCCCCAAUGAUGAGUGCUUUAAUGCAGCUCGGGUUGUCCUCAGCAUCAACCUCAUUUCCUUCUUCUUCCGCAUCCUGCACAUCUUCUCUGUGAACAAACAACUGGGGCCCAAACUUGUCAUGAUCAGGAGAAUGAUUGAUGACCUGAUGUCAUUUGUUGUGAUCUUGAUGGUGUUCAUUGUGUCGUAUGCCAUAGCAUCAGAGGCCAUCUUGUACCCUAACCAGGAGUUGACGUGGGAACUUAUGUACCGUCUGCCCCGGAAAGCAUACUGGACCAUCUACGGAGAGCUAUUCCUGGAGGAAAUUGAAGGGACAGCUGAGCCAGCUUGUAGUGAUGACCCAGCCCUUUACUUGAAUGAUCAGGCUGAUCGAUGCCCAACCAACCAGGGCAAGUUCCUGGUGCCAAUUUUGAUGGGUAUCUACAUCCUCCUGACCAACGUCCUCCUCCUCAACCUCCUCAUCGCCAUGUUCAGCUAUGUGUUUGAGAUGAUGCAGCAGAAUACUGAUAGCAUCUGGAAGUUCAGUCGGCUGCAGGUUGUCAUGGAAUACUGUCUUCGACCCAACCUUCCACCACCAUUUAUCAUUAUCAGUCACCUCAUUCUCCUCUGUCGCUGGUUCAAGCACUGCAGCUGUUCCAAACUUGGCACAGAAAGUUCAGGGUUUUGGAAGGUGUACAAGGAUAAGAAAAUGGAAGAGAAGCAACUAGUGCAGUGGGAGAAUGUCAUCGCUGAUGCCUUCCUCUUGAAGACUGACGAGCAGGAGAAGGAGUCUGUUGAGAACCGUGUUCAAGCAACCCUUACCAGAUUGGACUUGCUCGCGACAAAGGUUGACGACCUCCAGGACAUGCAGACAGCAGGGGGCUCCGUCAUGGCGGCUGGGUCUGUACUGAGAGAGGAGGCUGCUGACAAUGUACCCAAUGCAGCGCUGUACAUGCCACCCGAGCUGGAUGACAGACUCAAACUCAUUGAGAGCCAGAUGGUGCACACAUUCAAGGCUCUGGACUGGAUCAUGAUGUCUCUGGCCCAGAACAACAUGGCAUGCAAGGAGAAACGCCCACUACUGCCUGACCCAGAGCUUGCCAUUAAAGAACGUCAGCAGCGGAAGGACGAGGAGGACAAACAAGACCGCAACCUGGUACAGUCUCUCCGCAUACAGCCCUACGAGUACCACUUUGAGUCCCGCAACUCCCCCUCGGGCUCCCAUCCCAGGGUUCAGCGUUUCACUGUGCCUGAUGAGAAAGUGCCCUGGAAUGAACCCUUCCCUGAAUAUAUGCCAGUUCUACACAGCCAGGACUCCAUAAAGAACCAGUCCUGGGCAGACCCAGAUCUCAUGGCACUACCUGUUGCACAGCGGAACAUCUUGACAUUCAACGGUUUUGACAACAAAUAUAACGUGGAUAGAUCAAGUCAUUUGGGCACAUAUGAAAUUGUUGAUGGUCUUCCUAUCAAUCCUCGGGGUCGGACAGGAAUAACAGGAAGAGGAAGUCUGGGCCGAUGGGGCCCCAACCAUGCUGGCGACCCAGUUGUGACCAGAUGGAAGCUGGAUGAGUUCGGCAACAAGUCUUUGGUUGAUGGCAAACCCCAGCUGGAGUUUGUGGUGGUACAGAGGUCAGACAACAAACAGUGGGCUCUCCCGGGGGCAAUCUGUGAGCCUAAGCAGAAGGUUUGGGACAUCCUGAAGUCUGACUUCACGGCCGAUCCGGAGGAGAGAGAGAAGAUCCUGGAGAGGCUGGAGAAGCUGUCUUUACAGGGGCAGGAGAUGUAUCGAAACUACGCUGACGACUCUCGCAACACUGACAAUGCUUGGCUGGAGACGCGUGUGGUCAACUACCACGACGAGGAAGGCACCAUACUGAAACACUUUGUUCUGAGGCCUAAUAAAUCCCAGUUCAGAUAUUGGAAGUCCAUGGUUGGAUAUGAACCUGCUGGUGACACAGUGGACGCGGCAGUAUGGCAGACGAUGACAUCAUCAUUGACGCUACACGGGAGCCAUUCCUACUUCUGUCAACUUGUGGCUGAGAAGCUUGGCGCUUACUUCUGAGCAGUGCUACAUCUAGAGUCAGUGUGAUGUUUGGUGUCUGGAGGCUUGAGACCAUUCAGCUGGAAGUUGGGGUACAAGCUAUUGGUGUGAAACAACUGUCUCUGGACAGUGUUCUAGUUGAGAGUCUCCAGCAUAACUGAUGUCUUGCACACCAUGUCAUGUCACAGAUUGCUUCACAAGGAACAUUCUUAUAGUGUACCACUAAUUUCAUGAAGGACAAAGUGUUAUGGAUAUCUUGCCAUGCCCCUAGUCAUGUAUGAUGUCAUGGCAACCCCAAGCCUGUGUAAUGUCAUGGCAACCCCAAGCCUCAUGUAAUGUCAAGUCCACCCGAAUUCUAUGUAAUGUCAUUACAACCCCAAGUCUAUGAAAUGUCAUGACAACCCCAAGCCUGUGUAAUGUCAUGGCAACCCCAAUUCUAUGUCAUGUCAUGACAACCCCAAGCCUGUGUAAUGUCAUGACAACCCCAAGCCUGUGUAAUGUCAUGGCAACCCCAAGCCUCAUGUAAUGUCAAGUCAACCCCAAGCCUCAUGUAAUGUCAUGUCGACCCCAAGCCUGUGUAAUGUUAUGGCAACCCCAAUUCUAUGUAAUGUCAUGACAACCCCAAGCCUGUGUAAUGUCAUGGCAACCCCAAGCCUGUGUAAUGUCAUGGCAACCCCAAGCCUCAUGUAAUGUCAAGUCAACCCGAAUUCUAUGUAAUGUCAUGGCAACCCCAAGCCUCAUGUAAUGUCAAGUCAACCCGAAUUUUAUGUAAUGUCAUUACAACCCCAAGCCUCAUGUAAUGUCAUGGCAACCCCAAGCCUCAUGUAAUGUCAUGGCAACCCCAAGCCUCAUGUAAUGUCAUGUUGACCCCAAGCCUGUGUAAUGUCAUGACAACCCCAAGCCUCAUGUAAUGUCAUAACAACCCCAAGCCUCAUGUGAUGUCAUGACAACCUCAAGCUUCAUGUAAUAUCAUGUCAACCCCAAUUCUAUGUGAUGUCAUGGCAAUGCCAUGUCAUGUAAUGGUAACUGGCAUUUAUACGUAAGGUCAGUCGUAUAUCUGCUCCAUCAACUCCAAACUAAGCAAUAUUCCCAACACAAGAACUGUCACUAUAGGUGUCACUGGACCAGGCAACUAUCACUUCGGACAUGAAAUUAACUCGUCAGUAAACUGCAUUUGAGAAGUUGACCUCUGUCACGUGUGUGGACGUGUGUCUUGACUCCAGGACAGAAUCUCAGUGUUUGUACGGGUCAAUGUGGCUAUGAUUUGAAGUGAUUUGUUUGUGCCAGUAGCGUAUUGUACUUGCUUAAGUAGAAACCAUGGUCUGUUGUAAUGUGGAGUAACUGCUCAUAGGCUAAACAGAUAGUUUCUAAGAGUUUUACAGGAAUUAUUGAAUCAAAUCAAUUGUACUUGACAUGAAAAAUACUUGCUACUUACCAGUCAGAUUCCUUUGUUUAUAUGACUCAACAUUGGCUUAUUGUGAUUGCUACCAUAUCCAUAUGUCUGUAUCUUCAGUGUACGUUUAUCUGUACAUCUCUGUUCGGCUACCAUCUCUUAGCUAUUGCUGCAUGGUCAGUAUUAUAUAUAAUCCAUCACUAUACAUCUCUGUACAGGCUCGCUGAUUUGGUUGAUACAUGUCAUCGGUUCACAAUUGCGCAGAUUGAUGCUCAUGCUGUUGAUCACUGGAUUGUCUGGUCCAGACUCGAUUUUUUACAGACCGCCGCCAAAUAGCUGGAAUAUUACUGAGUGCGGCGUAAAGCUAAACUCACUAACUUACAUCUCUGUACCACCACUGCAUUGUCUCUGGUACGUCAGUACCUACCAUCUUAUGUUCUUGUUAUUAAUGCAGAUGACCCACUGUACAUAACCACAUCAGAGACGAUAUUUCAUUAUACUGGAGACAUUGUAUCAAAUCAUUCAGUUUUAAUUUAUUUUAUGAUCAUGUAUGUUAUGAUGACCUUAUGAUGACCUUUAGUAGGCCACUAUCAAGCUGCCUGUGAUAUCUAUGUGUGUCAGUGCAGACACUGACGACCUUGAAGUGCCGUUACCUCUCACGCUGUCUACCUGCUGUAUAUACCUAACUGUGCCACAUCAAAACUGAAGCAACUACAGGUCAUUUGUUGGUUUUUGCUCGGCAAAAUGUGAGAUGUUUUUGAUGGGAGUCUGCACCGGGGUAAACAAUACAUAUGCUGUAUCAAUGUAUUUGAUGUAUGUACCAUAAAAUGAGGGGAAGCUACAGCAGACACUCUCUGAGUCCUCAUAACUGCUGAUUCCAGCUGUGUGAUGGAGGAACUGUACGUACAAGCUUUCUAUUUAUGUAGUCAUCACUUGUGUAUCAGUUACUGAGUUAUCUCCUCUUGUCUUCACAAAGGACUAAAUUUAUUGAGUUAUCUCCCCUUUUUCUACUCAAGGAACUUAAUAAUGACUCUUCUGGGGUUUUUUAAUUCAGGAUUUAAAGUAUAUAUACAGCAAAAUCAUUUGUUGUCCUUUCUGCAGAUUGUGAAUCCAUAAAACAGAUUGCACUGCAAGUAAAAGCAGCAGAGAACAUCAAAAUAGAUUGAAUCAGAUGUAACUGUCACAAAGUUAGACUCCUUGGUCAUUGAUAAGUUUCUUUACUCUUCAGUAUACUAUAGUGUUUUAAUAAAUGAAAUGUAAAGAAAGAAGAAUGUUAAUACCUAGCCCUUAGCCUUCUUGUGAAAUUUUACUUGUCCUCUACCUGCAACUUUCAUCCCAGCAUUAACACUGGAAAAAAAACAUUUUAAAUUUUUGGAUUGGUGACCAAAUCAUAAUCUGAGAAACACAAGUAAAAAAUGUUGCCCUUAUCAGAUGAAAGAGCAGAUGCUUCUUCCCAUGGUGUGGGUUAAUCUCAGCAUCUCUUACUUACCCUGACAAUAGCAGCAAUGUUCAAGUCCGAACCACGGCCUCGAUAACUGUGCAGUGUUACCAGUUCCAGAUAGCAUAUAUAUUUGGAAAACUUGCACAGGAUUUUUCACAAUAUUAAAUUGAACAUGACUCUUGUAUCAAAGUAUACACAGUUUUGAUAUAAUUUAUUUUACAAGUAUAGUUUUAUGAUUUAUUUGUUGAUAUAUGUGUAUGCAUUGUUAUAUGAAUAUGUAUGUAUUGUUAUGUAUAUGUAUAUGAAAGCAUUGUUAUAUGUAUAUGUGUAUGAAUUUUUAUAUGUAUGCAUUGUUUUAUGUAUGCAUUGUUUUAUGUAUGCAUUGUUAACUGCUGAUGAUCAUGAUGUUGAGAGACCUUAUUUUUGUAUUUGCUCCAAGAGCAUAGCAUGACUUGUGAUGAAUAACGUUGAAUGGAGACACAUUCCCAUCUCUGCAUUGAGUGAUUUGCUAACCAGAAUAUGGUUUUACCAUAGCAGGCAGUUUUUACAGGCCAGACAAAUUUUAUGUAUAUUUAUAUAAUUUUCUAGCCAACAUCAAGAAUGUUGCUAGAAGCCACAAAGCGUUAACAUUCAAGACAUGAAAAUGAGUGUACAUUUUCUAUAAGAAGUAUGUUCAAUAAUGGAUUAAGUUCACCCAUCAAUAGUGGUAUAAAAGAGUAAUACAGGUAUUUUCAGUCUUAUACUAUGUACUUUCCGUUUUAGUUUUAGUUUCAUCAGAGAAUAUGUGAUCUUGUUAAUAUAAAUAGCAGUGAAACAAUAAACAUUCCAUUCUUUAUCCGACAGUUCUAAUAUACAUACAUUUAUAUCUGGUAUGGGUACCUCAAGCAUUGUAGAUAACCACUGCCUGUCACCUCCCCUUCCCAGACUCAUCUCUCGUACAUGGGAUAUCUGAAUCUUGUGUACAGGAGACUCAUUUUGUACAUUUUAGACCUGCCUUUUAUAUAUUUGAGAUCUAUCUCGGGUAUGUUUUUGCCCAUCCUUUUGCAUAAUCCGAAACUAGCAUUUUUUUAUUUGAGACAGUAUCUUGUCAAUGAACAUAUAAUUUAUUAACUAGGUAACUAUUAACUACACCAAAUGUGUAAAUUAUGUGAUUUAGAUGGAACAUGUUAUAAAGCUGACAAUCAGUGCUGGCAUAGAUUCCCGACGUGACCACUAAUGGUUGAUCUGCUUACACGCCAGUACCCACAUGUUGUAACUAAAGGUAUGUGUAAGCUAAUUUGCUAGCAAUUUGUAUUGAGGGUUAUAUAUUGUCCAGAAAUUGGGAUGUUUAAUCUGUAACCCCAGGCAAGUAGUUUACCCACACAAGCUCCUGCCAUCCCCAACCUCCCAUGUAAUGGCAGACGAUGUCUUCUGACCACUGUCAGUCUACAUUCCUGCUUUGAUGAAGAAAUUAGAACAAAU